AUGGAUAUGCAGUAUGCACCUGUAUGUCCAAGUCUUUUCAACGUGUCCCCAGAAGAGGCCUUACCCUUAUCAGGAAAUUUCCCCCAUAAAACAGCAAUGAUGCCUGCCAAGAGGUGCAAACUGCAUUGUGCACAUUAUAUGUUUAGUAGGGCGUAUAUCCACAUAUUCACACCUAAAAUGGAGCGACGAUUGUUAGAAGCAGCUCAAAAAGGCAACAUCGAUGAACUGAAUGACUUGAUCAAAAGCAAUGGGCUCAUCCUCGAGGAGAUGGCCAUCAAAGGAGCCGGUAACAUCCCGUUGCACGUCGCUUGUGGGGCCGGCCAUUUUGAUUUCGUCCGAGAACUCCUAAAGUUGAUGCCAAGGUUCACAGAAAAAGUGAACGUUGAUGGUUUUAGUUUGUUGCACAUCGCGGCAGCUCAAGGUGAUGUCGAGAUUGCAAGGGAGCUCCUGAGUGUGGAUCAAUGCCUAUUCUUCGUGAAGGGAAGAGAGAGAAGGAUACCUUUGCAUUAUGCCGUCGUAAACGGGGAGCUCCAUGUCAUGAAGCUACUGCUCUUCGCUUCACCUGAAUCUGUCAUGGAGAGAAUCGCCGGAGAGGAGACGGUGCUUCACCUUGCCGUGAAGAACAACCGCUUUGACGGAGUCGUUGCGUUGGUGGAGCAUCUGAAGCAGAACGAGAAGGAGCAGGUGAUCAAUUGGAAGGACCACAGAGGCAACACCGUCUUGCAUCUCGACGCUAUCAUCAAAAAUUUCUAG